AUGGUUUAUUAUGUUCGAUUCCUGAAGACACCCAGGAUCCAGCAGCAGAAAGGGUCUAUCUUCAUCUCCGCUCUUAUUUGCAUCACCACUGAUCUGGGAGACUCUUUUCUCGCUGAAGAUGUUGAUUUGAUGGUGACAGCCCGUGAUAAUUCCUCUCGGGUUAUCUUUCAGAAAAAGACAGAAUGGAGCGCCAGUAAUCGCGAACUUGCAAUUACCCUGGGUCCUCUCCCAUCCAAUUUGGCCAAGCAGUCCAUGGUGUUGACGGUUGAAGCACCGGAAUCACCAGAAUACGUUAUACCCCAGUAUCCCUCCAUACCUUUAGUGGUUGCUGCAACAAGUGCUCCAUUUGGACCUCAGUCCACGCCAGCAGAGAAGCUGGUCCAACGGCGCAUUCAAUACAGCAGCUCCGAACCACUCCCAAUAAAAAUCUGGGAAGAGACAGGAAAUAGCAUUGCUAGACAUAUAUGGGAUGUUCCCAGGGAUGCGGGCCUUGCAACAGUUACAUAUCUUCACAUGAUCUGUGAUAAUAUAAAGAAAACAGCCAACAACAAGACAAAAGGCACUGAACCUAAAAUACCAGCUUUGAAACAAAUUCUAUCGAUCAAUCGCAACCAACCUCUUCAGGUAGUUGAGCUAGGGGCAGGAUGUGGGAUAGUAGGAAUUGCAUUGGCAACAAUGCUUCCCAACUGUUCGGUCAUACUCACGGACCUCCCCGAGGUUGAAGACAUAAUAACACGCAAUAUUAAUGCUGCCCAACUCGCAACCAUGUCCAGUCUCCAGUAUCAAAACCUCGACUGGGAUGACCCGCUGGACGAGCUCUGCCCGCAGCCUAUUGAACUCAUUCUUGUCUCUGAUUGUACCUACAAUGCAGACAGCUUGCCAGCGCUAGUCUCCACGCUCGAUCGAUUGAUUCGGACAUCUCCGGAGGCAAUCAUCUUGGUGGCUUUGAAGAGACGACAUGACAGCGAAACGGUGUUCUUCGACUUGAUGCGGUCGGCGGGAUUCUCGGCGGUGCAGGACAGCGUUGAGAUCCCCUCGCAACACGAUGGGGUUGAUGAGAUUGAAUUUUACUGCUACAGUCGACCAAUUGGGGGAAGAUAG